UAUUCAACGUUUAUAAGAUAGUUCGCACAAAUCACGGACUUGCAGAUUUGCAUGAAGUUUGAAUUAAAAUAUCUUAUCCGAUUGUUAUGAAUUCUGUUGUGAAGUGUAAAGAAUUUGAUUUUGAAUGAAAAACAGAAACCGUGGCGAAGUUGUUCACCUUAUUUAUUUUCGAAAAUAAACUGAUUAUUUGCAGGCUGAAAAAUUAUAGAUUCAGAAUUAAAGCAAAGAAAGAAGAAAAAAUAUGGCUGAGCAUAAGCAGGAGGCAGUCUGCGUGACCGGAGCCAACGGGUUCAUUGGAUCAUGGCUGGUCAAAACCCUCCUCAACUCUGGCUACUCCUCCAUCCACGCCUCCAUUUUCCCCGGCUCCGAUCCUUCCCACCUCUUCGCUCUUCCCGGAGCUAAAGACCGCCUGGUGGUGUACGAGGCCGACAUCUUGGAUCUGGAUGCAGUAUGCAAGGCCGUUGAUGGUUGUAAGGGUGUCUUCCACGUUGCCUCGCCUUGCACGCUGGAGGACCCAAAGGAUCCCGAAAAGGAACUAGUUCUGCCUGCUGUGCAGGGCACCCUCAAUGUGUUGGAAGCUGCUCUGAGGUCCAAGGUGAGGCGCGUGGUCCUCACUUCUUCAAUUUCUGCUCUGGUUCCCAACCCCAACUGGCCCCCGCACAAAACCUUCGACGAGUCCUCCUGGACCGACCUCGAUUACUGCAAAUCUCGCCAGAAAUGGUAUCCAGUGUCGAAGACAUUGGCGGAGAAAGCAGCUUGGGAAUUUGCUGAGAAGCACGGAAUAGAUGUUGUAGCCAUCCAUCCGGCUACAUGUCUUGGCCCACUCUUGCAAUCUGGUUUGAAUGCGAGCUGUGCAGUAUUGCUGAACUUGCUACAGGGAUCGCAGGAUACUCAAGAAUAUCACUGGCUGGGGGCUGUGCAUGUUGGAGAUGUAGCCAAGGCGCAAGUUUUGCUCCUUGAGACUCCUUCUGCUUCCGGCAGAUAUCUGUGUACCAGUGGUAUCUAUCAGUUUGGUGAUUUUGCUGAGAGAGUCUCUAAAAUUUUCCCCGAGUAUCCUAUCCACAGGUUUACUGGGGAAACGCAGCCAGGACUGACGGCAUGCCAAGAUGCAGCGAGGAGAUUAAUCGAUAUGGGUCUGGUCUUCACUCCUGUUGAAGAUGCUGUUCGGGACGCGGUGGAGAGCCUCAAAGCUAAAGGCUUCCUGCCCCCACAAACUGCACAAACUGCAUAAGUCUUAGGCUAUUUAGUUAUUAUUAUUUUUAAUUUUAGUAUAUAACAAGAAAACUUCCAUGUUUCAUUGCUUUAUCUAUUAGUUGGACUCUAUUAAUGGCAAAGGUUGCAAUGAAGCUUUUAUUUUUAUUUU